CAGGAGGAACCGGAGGAGCGACAGAGCGAUGCUGAGAGCGCGGCAGGAUGUCUUCUUCCACCUGGACUUUUCUUUUCCUCCUCCUCCUCCUGCAGCUUCUCCUCGUUCCUCCGUGUUUCCUCCACCCGCAGCCGUGCCACCUCCUGGCGCGGAUCGGACACACGGUGCGCGUCGGUGCGCUCCUGCCGGCGCAGCGGGCGGCUCGCCUCCGGGUCCAAGCGGCGCUGAGCCGCGUCACGGCCGCGAUGGGUCGGGACCCGGACCCGGAGCGGGUCAACUUUUUGCCCUACAACCUGAGCCUGGAGCUGGUGUCGCGGCAACUGGUCGCCGCAGACCCGGAGUCCGUGUUCCGGUGCGUGUGUCAGGGUGUGGUGGUGCAGGGAGUGUCCGCGGUGCUCGCCUUCCCGCAGAGCCGCGACGAGCUGCUACAGGUGGACUUCCUGGCCUCGUUCCUGGAGAUCCCGUUCCUCAGCGUCAUGGAGCACGGAGAGCCGCUCCGCACCCAGAACCAGUUCCACCUCCAGAUGGCGACCCGGGUCCCAGAGUCCAGUCUGUCCGAUCUGUUGCUGACGGUUCUGCAGUGGUCCGGUUGGAUGGAAGGUACUGUGGUUCUGUGUCGGGGUUGGGAGGAUGCUGGAGGCCUGCUGAGGCUCCUGGACCAUCAGAGUGAUGCAUCAUGGGACGGCGGGGGCGGGGUUACCCUCCUGAAUCUGACACAGUCUGCCCACGAUGAUACGCAGAUCCACGACUUCCUGUCCCGACAUUUUGGGCAGAACCGAGCAUCGCCGGCAUCGGUGCUGCUGUUUGGGGCCGACCCUCAGUGCGCGGCGGCGGUGCUACGUAGUGCCCAGGAUCUGGGCCUGACUUUACCCAUGGUCCACUGGGUUCUGGGCCAGCCGCUCAGCCCCGAUGCUCUGCACGCCAUCGGACUGCCACUCGGCCUGCUGGCCUACGGGGAGGUGGACAGGAAACCGCUGGACUUCUACGUCAGAGAUGCUCUGCAGCUCAUCACCAGGGCAGUCGCUGCUGCCACCGUGGUGAGACCAGACCUGGCUCUGAUACAGAACAUGGUCAACUGCUACGACAAACCCAACAAACACGAGGCACCGUCCUCAGGACGGUACCUGUCCAGGUUUUUGUCGAACACAUCUUUCUCCGGACUCACGGGUCCGGUCCAAGUCCACCAGAACCAGUCUCAGGUCUUGACCUCGCAGAGGUUCCACAUUUGGAGCCUGCAGCGGAAUGCACUGGGUCAACCCACCUGGGUGACGGUAGGCAGCUGGGAGGGGGGGCAGCUCCAGGUGGAGGACCAGGGUGUCUGGCAGGGACCCAAGCCCCCCCAGAGGACUGAGGGUAAAGGAGGAAGGACCAGGGGCCGCUGGACAGCAGGGAUGCCGGUGGCUGGGAGUCGAGUCCGGGUGGUCACCCUGGUGGAACAUCCCUUCGUGUUCACGCGGGACGUGGACGACGAGGGUAGCUGCCCUGCUGGUCAGUUCUGCCUCAAUGCCGGCACCAACAGCUCUGAGAGUCUGGAGAAGUUCUUCUGGGAGGUGUCUGGGGGGAAUGGCAGCUUCCUGCCGGCAGAAUACAGUAAGUGCUGCUAUGGAUACUGCAUUGACCUCCUGGAGAAACUGGCUGAGGACCUGGGCUUUGAGUUCGACCUCUACAUCGUUGGAGACGGUAAGUACGGCGCAUGGAAGGGGGGUCGCUGGACCGGACUGGUGGGGGACCUUCUGAAUGGCCUGGCAGACAUGGCUGUCACCUCCUUCAGCAUCAACUCUGCCCGCAGCCGGGUGAUUGACUUCACCUCACCCUUCUUCUCCACCAGCUUGGGCAUCCUGGUGCGCAGUAAGGACACGGCCGCCCCCAUCGGGGCCUUCAUGUGGCCCCUACACUGGUCCAUGUGGGUUGGCAUCUUCCUGGCGCUGCACAUCACGGCACUUUUUCUCACACUGUAUGAAUGGAAGAGUCCGUUUGGCAUGACACCUCAUGGACGCAACAGGGUGAGAGUGUUUUCGUACUCGUCGGCCCUCAACCUUUGCUACGCCAUCCUGUUCGGACGCACCGUCUCCUCCAAAACACCAAAGUGCUGGACGGGUCGGUUCCUCAUGAACCUGUGGGCCAUCUUCUGUCUUCUGGUGCUGUCCAGCUACACCGCUAACCUGGCUGCUGUCAUGGUCGGAGAGAAGACCUUCGAGGAGGUAUCAGGGAUCCACGACGCCAAGCUGCACCACCCAUCCCAGGGGUUUCGCUUCGGGACGGUGAGAGAAAGCAGCGCUGAGGAUUACAUGAAGAAGAGCUUUCCAGAGAUGCACGAGUAUAUGAGAUGCUUCAAUGAACCGACCACACCUGAAGGUGUUGCCACCCUCAAGACAGAUCCUCCUCAGCUUGAUGCCUUCAUCAUGGACAAAGCUCUGCUGGACUACGAAGUCUCCAUCGACGCCGACUGCAAACUGGCAACUGUUGGGAAACCGUUUGCCAUUGAAGGUUACGGGAUUGGCCUCCCUCAGAACUCUCCUCUGGCCUCCAACAUCUCAGAGUUCAUCAGCAGAUACAAAUCUGACGGGUUCAUGGACCUGCUCCACGACAAGUGGUACAAAGUGGUUCCUUGUGGGAACCGAGUGUUCGCCGUCACAGAGACUCUUCAGAUGGGAAUCAGUCACUUCUCAGGACUCUUUGUGUUGUUGUGUGUUGGAGUGGCCGGCGCAUUGCUAACCUUAGCAGGGGAACAUGGUUUUUACAGACUCAUCCUUCCCCACAUCCGCCGCAGAGAGAACCUCAAAUACUGGCUGCACACGUCCCAGAAAAUCCAUCGCGCUCUGAACAUGACGUAUGAAGAUGUGAAGAAGCAGCGAGCUGAGAAAGAGAAAAGCUGUAACCUGCAGACGUCUCAGCCUCCGCCCGGCCCUGGAGCUUCAGCCAAGCAGAACAACGAGCUGAGUAAAGACACCCGAGACUUCAAACAAGUCCAUUUCAACCUGGAGACCCUGAACACCCGCCGCCUCCUGGCCCACAUCGCAUCCUCUGACGUCAAGCAGGGAGGGGCUAAUGCAGAGGUGGGUGGGGCUAAUGCUGAGGGGGGCAGGCCAGUCAAGCUGAGGGCGGGGCCAGGCAGCAAGCUGUGCGAGAAUGGAGGACCGGCGGCAGCUUCAUUUGCCAGUCUGGUGCUCUCUCUGACUUCCUCAUCCUCCCCUGGCCCCAAACCUGCCCCUGCCCAUGUGACUGUAGCCCCUCGCCCUCCACCUGUAGCCCCUCGCCCUCCACCUGUAGCCCCUCCCCCUCCAUCUAUGGCCCCUCCAACUGGUGAGCUGCAGGAGCUGCAGAAUCAGAUUGAGGAGAUGAGGGAGAAGUUGAGGACGGCUCUGGCCCGGAGGGCGGAGAUCCAGACCAGCAUGGCUACAAACAGCUCAUCUCCAGUUACCAUGACGACAGCAGCCCUUCCCACCGCUGCCAUGGCAUCGCAACUUCCUGCCAACACAAAGUGCGUCACAACGAUGACAGGCCCCGCCCACAAAGUCCUUUCCAAAGUCCUGCCCCUCCACAGCAGACCAGUCAAUCAAAGGAGGUGAUUCUGUGCACACGUUGGCCAUUUUAACCAGAGUAAAAAGUAAAUAUUGUUUAUUUCCCAACAUCAAAAAUCCAUGAGUCUAUAAAGAUGAUGAGUGUUUUAUUAUUAUUCUGAUGAAUCUUUUAAAUACUUUCUAUAUGAAUGCCUUAAAAUGAUUAAAGGUGUGUCAGGGCUCAGUUUAAAUCCUUUUAUUUUAUCCAUUAGAUUCAAACUGAAAUGUUUUUACUCUGAAAUGUUGCAGAAACUAUAUUUAAAAUGAAAAUGAUAUAUAUAUAUAUUCUUAUUCUAUACCAAUAUGUUUUUAUGUGUUUAAUAUAUUUUCUGGGAGAUUUAAGAUCUAAAAUCAUAGCACUAUAAAAUAUUCCAGAAUCCAGACGUAUAUUUUUACAUUUGGUAACAGAACAGAAGAACAGGUGUUUGUGAUGUUUGUCCCUGUUUAUUUAAUUACGUUAACAUCUAGAAUUAAAUACUGGUCUUCAGUUUCCUCCUGACCCUGGUUAAAAUGGCCACUGGGACACAGACUGUUGAAGGUUUCAAUCUAAAACUAUACAGGAGGCAAACGGACGCCUCCUCUGGGUUCUGUUCAGACGAAUGUUGGCAUUGACGCAAUAAAUUUGUUUUUGUUUUGUUUUUUGUAGAUACUCUUUAUGUCACAUGGGCACAGUUAAUGUGGUGUUAAUGAGUGGAGGAAUUAUUUUAAUGCACAGGGGUAAAACAUGGGCCAGUCGGUGAAAAGCGUCCCACCAGAGGGUCGAAUCUGGCCCACAGCAUGAAUUACAAAGAUGACAUAGAAGACUUUAGUUUAUCAUUGUAAAUAACUUCUAUGUUCAGUUUAUUCACUGUUGGACAGAACACAGCACUGAAACCAGGACUAGACAGCAGACAGACGUGAGCCCAGAUUACACUGAUUUAUAUUAAAGGAUAGUAUAUUAAAUAUGAACAUUCUCCUAAUCUCCUUGAUCUUCUUUGCACUAAAACAAAUUGGAAGAGUCUGGAGUUGUCGUUACUUAUUAGUCAUUAUUCUUUUGGGUUACUGGUUCGUCCCCCUGAACUAGAAUGAGUUGGACCCCCCUUUUAAUGGAUUUGUUUCACCUUGCAGCGCCCCCUGAUGUUCAUGCCAGUGUCUCCAGUUUGUUUCGAUAUGAAACCAGAUUCAUGUCAAAUAGAAAUUCACACCAGUUCGAUGUUCAACCAGAUCCAGUCCAAUUAUUAGCAUCUACUUAAAAUGGAAAUCUUCUGUUUUCAUGUUGUUACAGAAAUCAUUUAGUAUUUGGACCCGCUUGUUUCCAUAGCAACAAAUUCAAACACUAAUUACAGUCUUUAAGUUAUUCAAAUGAUUGGAUAAAAUCUGAUCAUCAGUCGAUCGGCACUGAAACUGAAAAUCACUUAUCUUUAAAAAGCCGUAAACUGUGCAAAUAAUUCACAGAUUCAUCGGCAGACGAUUAAUUAAAAUAUUUAAAUCUUUCACCACUUUAUGUUAACAAGAAGACAAGACACCAACGUCUGAACUGUGAAUCUGUAGUCAUCAUUAUGAUGUCACAGUAGUUUCAAAGCUUUUUAAGAGGAGAAGCCUUAAAAUGAAAUACUUAUGACGUUUGAUUCUGGGUUUAAUUGUCAGUUAAAUAAUUAGUGUGGAUGAUGAACAAAGGACACAUUUACCUUCUAGCUGAAAGGAGCAGUCUGACAUGCAUUUCAACAUUUAUUCAAUGCUCUGUUUCCCCGUUAGCCUAGCUUAGCUUAGCACAAAGACUGGAAGCAACAGUGAACACACAGAACAUCUGACUAAUUAUUAGAUGUAGGCCUAAACCUUAAUGACCGCAUGGCAGCUACACUUAAUUAGCUAUGAGCCAAGAAGUUGUAGUUAAACUGUUCCAAAGAUAUAAUAAUAAUUAUUACAAAACAGAGAUGUGACUAGUUUGUUAUUCCUCAAGAAUCAGGGAGAGGAGCUGUCUGCUAAUGCUACCGCUAACUGUCCUUUGAGACGCUGGAGAAGCUAUUCAUCAGAUUCAGUCAGCAGGUUUUCAUUCUGUUUGUCCAGCGAGGACCAUAGAAACCUCCUCCUUCUCCUUCUUCACACAAACAAAAUGUCAGACUGUUCCUCUGAGUUUUGCUGCAGGUGAUUUAAACCACAUGUUUCCAGGUAAGAUCCACGUCUUCCUGUUUUCUGAGGCGUUCAUUAACCUGUGUUCAGACGGUUUCUGACGUUACUGUUCUGAUUUUUUCAUAUUGUUGAAAUAAUAAACUGAAGACAUUACCAGAUAUGAAGAGUCUUUUUAUUUAAACAUAUUUCAGGUUCAACCUCCUCAGGAUCUCCUCAGGGUUAAGGUCCUCAGCCACCUCCUCAGCCUCCUCAGCCACCUCCUCAGCCACCUCCUUCACCUCGCUCCUGCUGGACCAUCAGGUUCACGGUUCUGGUUCUGGAGAUAAUCUGAACCAUGCUGGUCUCCAAAGAAGAUCUGUAGUGGAACUGUCAAUAGGUGUAGUCUAGUCUCAGGUCUAGUCUCCAGGUGUAGUCUUGUUUCCUUGUUCAGUCUCCAGGUCUAGUCUAGUCUCUGGUGUAGUCUAGUCUGCAUGUGUAGUCUCAGAUUUAGUCUCCAGGUGUAGUCUAGUCUCAGGUCUAGUCUCCAGGUGUAGUCUAGUCUCAGAUCUCGUCUCCAGGUGUAGUCUAGUCUCAGGUCUAGUCUAUAAUCCCUUUAGGAUCCAUGUUUGAACCAGCUUGCAGCAGUUUGAACUAGGCUAUGGAAAGGUUUGAUCAGGGUCAUUUGGGUAGUUUUUUUAAAUCAUUAUUACAACACAAGAGGAAACAGGUGUUUGAUCACAAACAAUGCCUUUCGUGUAUGAUUCAUAUUCUCAGAAAAAUUGCCAAGAAAUCCUAAAUUGUGCCAGAGUGUGUAAACUUGAGCACAGCUGUAUUUCUGUUUUUUUAUUGGGUUCUUUUUGUCAAUUCUCAGGACUUUUGAUGUUAGAUGAUGAAUGUAGCUAUUAAAUGUAGCUAGCUGAGUAGCUAACUAGCUACGUAGCUAGUUAAUUUGGGUAAACUUGUGUGAACUGUGGUCAAAAAGCAGAAGUGAAAGAACUCAUUGAGACUCGUUGUCAAACAGCUGAUGUUUUACUGGUUUUACUGGACACUUAGAUACAGUUUAAUGAGUUCAGGCUUCAGAUCAACUAUCGAGGAUACAGUCCUCCAGGAGAGAGGCACCAAGAAGAAACCCCACCCCCAAACCCUCCCAAACCCCCCCAUCCACCAGGUUGGUUCAGUCCAUGUCUGAUUAGUCACACUCAGGCUCCGCCUCCUUCACAACAACAGUAAACAAAUAUAUAAUUAUCAUUUCUUUGAUUAACUCUGAUCAGCUGAUCAUGUGAUCAAGGGGGAGGUUUCUGAUCCAGUUCCUGCUUCAGUCACAAUCAGAACAAUCAGAACCAACAAUAACUGGUCACCAUGGUUACGAGCUCUCUGUGUACUUCCUGUCUGCAGGUUCGGCUGAGAGAGGGUUAAUUAAUUAAUGAAUUAGAGAUGAUUCAUUAUCAGCUGUUACUCAAGAUGUCCAACUCACGCGAAACAUGAAUCAACUCCUGUUUAUCACCUCCACUCAUUUCUGACAUUUCUAGAUUCAACCAACCAACCAAUCAGCUGAUUGAGACCACAUCCUUCUGGUUCCUCCUCCUUGUGUCUUUUUGGGACAAACUUGUCUGAAACUUUUUCUCUCUGACAGUUUAAUCUGAACAUUUUGGACCAGAAUCAAAAAUUCACAACAACAAAAAAAACAAAAACUAAAAUAGAAA